AUGCCUCCUCAAGGAGGUCUCCUCUCGAUCCUCCCCUCCUCCUGGGUGCCUUAUGCGGAGCUCAUUCGCAUUGACAAGCCGCAUGGAAUCUUUCUCGUCUGGGUCCCUCAUAUCGUCGGCCUGGCCUACGCCUCCGCCAUCGGACCAUCACCGGCUCCACUUCGCACACUCUAUACACAGGCCCUGCGCCUGAUGCUCUGGGCCGGUCUUUGUCGAAGUGCAGGCUGUGUCUGGAAUGAUAUCGUGGACCAGGACUUCGAUCGAAAGACAGCCCGAUGUCGGACCCGACCUAUUGUCCGCGGCGCAGUCACGUCCUCGCAAGCAUGUACCUGUGCGGCUGUGCUCUUCUCUCUCGCCUUCCUUUCUCUCCGGGAUAUGUCGACCAAUGCUAUGAAUGUGGCGGGGAUAGUAGCGGUACUGUCGCUCGUGUAUCCGUUCUGUAAACGAUUCACGAGCUUCCCGCAGGUGGUGUUGGGCUCAUCGUUGGGGUUGACGGUCGUGCUGUCGGCGUGGUCACUGGAUGUGGAUGUGUUGGAGGGGGGGAAUCGUGUUCCAACAAUAUGUUUGAUGCUGGCCAUUAUGUUGUUGAUUGUGUUUUAUGAUGUUCUGUAUGCGACGCAGGAUACGGCGGAUGAUGUCAAGUCUGGGGUGAAGGGGAUGGCGGUCUUGUUUCGAAAUCAUAUGCUGGCUCUUCUUUGGGCGCUGACUUGCGGCAUUGCUGGUAUGCUUUCAGUUUUGGGAGUAUUGCUGAAUAUGAGACCGCUGUAUUUUGUGUUCUCUGUAGGAGGGUUAGUCCUGGGGUUGAUGGUGGUUGUAGGGUUGAUUUAUUUGCCCUCUCUUUCUCGAUGGCGUGGUUUGUCUGGAUGGGUCUUUGGGAUUGCUUUCGCAAGUUUUAUAGUUGGGUUUUUUAAGUGA